GACAAGUUCACUGAGAGCAUGUACGUCCUGGCCAACGAGCCCUCCGUGGCACUGUACCGGCUGCAGGAGCACGUGCGGCGAUCCCUUCCGGAGCUCGCACAGCACAAGUCCGACAUGCAGAGCUGGGAGGAGCAAAGCCAAGGAGCCAUCUACACAGUGGAGUACGCCUGCAGUGCCAUAAAGAACAUGACUGACAGCAGCGUGUACUUCAAGAGCAUCGACAGCCUGCUCAAACACGCCAUAGCCAUGAAGGAUCAGCUGAACGCUGCUCAGGGCCGCAGCACUGUUGCUCCACAAGCCAAGAAUCCUCCAGCCAGUUCCUGAUUUCAGACAAGACUGGCCGUCCUCUGCUGCCUUCUCCAGCCCAGCUCUACGUUCUCCAACUACCAGGAGGGGUGAGAAACCACCUGCUCGAUCUGUGAAGCUGCACAGAGGCCUCUGCCUUCCCCUCCGUUCCCACGAACGAGGUGCUGCACCUCAGCAGGCAAAUCCUACCCCGGGGCCAGGGCUGCCUUUGCGGGGUGCUUUGGGGAGCAGCUGUGUCCCUUUCCACAGCACUCUGCGAAAGGCAAAGGGGGUGAUUCUGCAUUUGUCCUUUCCAGUUCUUUUCGAUGGCAGACUGUUAUGAGGCGUUUUUCUCUCUACCUCUUGGCCACAGAAAUAUCUCAGCAAAACUAGGU